UACAACUGUUUCGUUACUGUCCAACUUCCGCGAUUUCUUGCAAAAAGUAUAACAGCAACCGUUCACUCUCACCCCGACGCGCUCGGGCUGCUUUCUUCCUACCACGACAUCUUGUUCGGCCUGCAUGGCUGAGCUCCACCAUGGGACGCUCCGUCCUUUAGACCUGAUCCCAGAACCAGAGCUGCACCCAUUGUAUCCGAGUCCCAACCAGAUUCCUCCGCUGUUAUCAACAAAUUCCGGGUUGAACCCCUCACAAAAGGCCGAACUCGUCUCCCAUUGUCUGUCGCGUGCCUGUCUGUUCAGCGAUCUCAGUCUUCUUCAAUAUCUACUAUGCGACAAGCAGGCUCGGUCUUACGUCGAUCUCGAUUCGCGUGAUGACGAUGGCCUUGGCCUCCUCAGCCAGACUAUACAGGGGUUCGGUGCAGAAUCCGAGAGAGACGUUGAACGCGAAGAAUGCGUUCGUCUUCUCAUCGCCCAAGGUGCUGAUGUGCACAGCUAUGAUCAAGCCGGCUGGACACCCCUUCACCACGCUGCAUUGCUGGCACCUCCAACUCUGGUGUCCCAUUUGAUGACACACGGAUGUUCACCGUUCUCGGUGACGCAGAGGCAGUUGACGCCACUUGACAUAGUGACAGCUCAUACCCCUCUCCCCGGACGCGAGGAUAUAGCUAUUUUGUUAGAAGAGGCCAUGCGCAGCGAAGGUUGGACCGGGGGCCGAAUGGAGCAGAGACGCAGAGCACUUGAUGAACGGAUUAAACGGAGAGAAAGACGAAAAGGCAUACAUCAGAACAUAGCCAAGAUAAUAGAAGUUCCUCCUCAGUGGUGGGGAGAUGACGAGACCGAAAUGUCAUUCGACGAGUCUGACUCUGAAGAGGAUGACGAUUCCAACGACGAAAUAUAUACACCGUCUUUGGACUUCACGUCUAUGCUUGCUUGGUCUCCUCAAGACUUACACGACAUUUUCGAAGCGAUCAUAACAAACUUCCGUGCAACUGCACGGAAUACUGAACCUGCCAAUGCGCUUUAUUUGAUGGCGCGCUUCGCGUACCUGAUGUGCGAUUCAACCUGGUUGGAGGAUCUAAUCCUCGGGGCCACUGAUGUUAUCGAGGAGAAAUUCUUUAACAACUCAGAAGACGUCACAUGUUUGAUUUUCUGGCUACACAACGUAGUCAUAUGGCUUCACCUUAUGCAAUGCGACAAUUCGAUAAACGACGCUUGUGAAAUGCUGGGAUCAUUUGAGCUCCUAGAACAAGUGAUCAACUCUGUAUUUGUCUUUAUCAUUCGUUUUGCGGAAAGGAAGAUAGACCAAUUGUUGGAUGCUGCGCUAUUGGAGAAUUCCUUGAUACCUGCCGAUACGGUGCAGUUUGAAUCCGAGUGGUCGUUUCUGCGGCCGUUCGGCACUAAGAAGAAGGCUCCCAAUUCAACCCCAAAUGCUUCUAUCCGCAACGGAAUAUCAUCACCGCCUCCGCUUCCUCCACCACGUCCUCCAUCUCCAUCCGUCCAGUUAAUCAAUGGCCCUCCUACCACUCCGAAGACAUUAUCUUCACUUCGGCACACUUUUUCUCGUGCGAAGGUGCCAGCCACCCCCACCAGCACAGACAAUUUAGAGAGUUCAGCGCCCAACGGUCUGCGGGAGUUGCUUGCUUUCCUUACGGCAUUGCAUGUACUAUUGACGUUAUCGGAUAUCAACCCAGCGCUGACCACGCAAUUCUGGUCACAAGUGAUGUAUUGGACAUCAAGUGAGAUGUUCAAUCGUAUGCUGACGCGGAAAAAAAUUCUAUGCAGAUCUCGGGCCACCCAGAUUGGCAUGAAUCUGAGCGCGCUUGAAGAUUGGAUUGAUGCCAUGGAUUUGCCCUGUGGGAUUAAAGCACAUUUUUCUCCUGUCAAGAACCUUAUUACAUGGCUGCAGCGGCUGUCGUCUAUCAGUGAUUUCUCAGAUCUGGUUGCAACGAUACAAGUUAUGAGGAACGUCAACCCCCUCCAGAUGCGGCGUGCCGUUCGCGACUACAAAUAUGAAGUCAGCGAGGGCCGCAUGGAUGAUGAGUGUAUCCAAUAUCUGACGCAACUACAAAAGGACUGGGAACGGCAUCGAGUGAAGAUGGGCGUAGAAGCGUUGCGCAAGGAGAUCGGCGAACGUGAGCGCGAACACGACUUUGAUGACAGUUCUGUUAUUAGCGGCAAUCCUGGAAACCCCAAAACUCCUAGCGUCUUCACCACAGAAAACACCGCGGAUCGACACGGCAUCGACCCUCUGUUUAAUCGAAGCUUUGACAAAUCUACAUGGGAGCCCCCGAGGGCUCCUCAGGUAUUGGGAGAACUUCUGGACUCUCGCCAUAUGUUGCCAUUAUUCCUUCCGUCCGACCCUCGUCGGUUGUCCGCGACCUCAGACAAAACGCAUGUUGCGGAGUAUGCGAAGCGGCUGGCUGGCUCUCGUCUUGAUGCCCACAGUACUGGUCAUGCGAGCACACAGGGCCCAAUGGGAUGGAAAUGCCGGAGCUGUAAGGUCCGCAAUGUUAGCAUCCAAACCCUGCGAUGGAUCGACAGGUUGAAGCCGCCUUCGAGCUGGGGGAGAUCAACUGGUUUGCAUCACGCUCAUUACGGCGAUGACGAGUUGUCGAGUCCAAUUAGUGAAACUGAAGGCCUUCACAUUGAUACUAAUGUUCCGCGUGCGACUUCUCAAUCUACGCCACUCACUCGCAAACCAUCUGCCCGGAGCAGGGGUCACCGUCUGAGCUUGGGAGGGGAUCAGUUAUCACCGCUCUUGGCUUCAUGAUGUAUUCAAACUCGAGCCUCUUGGGUUCUUUUUAUCUCUACCCAAUUCACAGACUGGCCUGUAUCACAUCGCUUUCUUGCAUUGUGUAGAUCAUGUAGAUCAUGUAAGUGUAGACAGUUGCACCACAGAUGCUAAGCUACGGACGAACAAUACAGUCCCGGUUACGUCUGUCGCGUUUCUGGUUUGCGUAGGGGAGACUAUAUCUAAGGCUGUACUCAGACCUGCUCAGGGCA